GAAGAGUACAAUAUACUACUGUCGUCGGAUUAAAGUGAAGGCCUCCCAGCAGUGCGGGCGAAGAAUGAUGGUGUUUAUCCCGAAUGGUUCAGAAAGAAACUGUAGCAUCAACCUAAAAGGCGCCCACACUUGCGAUACCGCAAAGAGCGAAGACUUGGCCAAGACAGUUCUGACCAAAGAAAACUACGCUGAAAUGGACCGCAUGCUGCGCAGCGGAAUUCCGUUAAAAGACAUCAAAAAGCACAUCAGGGCUUCGAAUCCGCAGGUCUCCAAGAACCGUGUGAACUACGCGAUAAUGCAAGCAUCACAAGCAAUGUACGGAUGUGGAGAGCUCUCCUUGGGUGAUCUAGCAGCCUGGGCCAAGCUCAAUUCAUCCACACCAAACAACCACGAAACGGGUUUCAUUAUUGGUUCCGAUAUCGAUGGUGGAACCGGUUGCUUCCGACUGGUGUAUUCCAGCAAAAAACUGCUGUCGCACUUCAGAACACUCGACAUACUGUCUGCUGAUUGUACAUUUAAGACUACCCUCCAGGGGUACCCACUAAUGGUUGUGUGCUUAGUGGACAAAAUGCGCCACGCGCACCCGGUGGCAUUUGCAACGAUCACCAAACAGGAAGAAGCCGACUACCACUUCGUUUUUGCUACCCUGCAGGAUCAAUGCACCCGUCUCGGUAUUCCCUGUUUGGUUCGGGCUUUUAUUAGCGAUGGAGAAAUCGCACUGAAAAAGGCCGCGAGAUCAGUCUUCGGUGAACAUCUGCUGUUGAUCAACUGCUACUUCCACGUAGUACAGAAUGUGAAGAAACAUCUAUCGAAAACGAAAGAGAGCUCCGAGCAUAAGGAUCAGGUCCUUAAGGACGUAAGCCGAAUUCAGUUGGCUCCAACGCAGAUACAUUUUGAACAGGCGUGUGAGUUGUUUCUCAUAAAAUACGAUGCUUUGCCCGGUUUCGCCCAUUUUUUUCAGAAAUAUGUCUAUAAGGAGUACUUCAAGAAUUGGUACGAGGGUGCUCUUCCGGGCUACCCGAGCACCAACAACUCUUUGGAAGCCCUGAACAGGGCGAUCAAAGAGCAUCACCUAGACCGUACCAGGGAACCGCUCGGCACUUUCAAAGCAAGAAUCAUGAGCGUGGUAGAAUACUAUGGCAAGGACGAACGUGUCAUUUGCGAAGAACGAACGUACUCGGUAGAGGACGAGCGAAUGGCAUACGAUUUCAUCCGCACGGGCAAGCGCACAAGAACUGUACACGAUUGGUCAGACCGUGUGAAACACUUGUAUUUCCCAACGGGGAACAAUGCGGAAGUAACCGGUCGAGAAAUUGAGGCUUUUAACAACUCGGACCGUCGCAGCCUGGAUCAUUACCUGACUGACAUGGAGGCAACUCAUCGCGUUACCAUGACGGAUACCCUAUGGUUCAACUGGAAUUGCACAUGCCGCUGGUUUUUCAAGCACAACAGUUGCUAUCAUGUCCUAGUUGCAGCUGUCACAAGCGGAGCAUAUCAACUGCGCCCGGAGGCUAACACGUUGCCAUUGGUCAAGAAGCGCCCCCCUGGAAGGCCGAAAAAAUGAGCAAGGCUCUUGUUAUUGAUUAAUCAUAUAUUUCUUUCGUUUUCUAUAACUUUUGUAGAGCGUAAAGUUUUACAGUAAUGACUAAGUUGUUUUUUUUUGUAUUUUAAUACAAAAUCUGUUAUCAAAAUCUUGUUUCGUGAAAGUCAGUCAAUCCGAACAUAAGCAUGCUCGUUCGUUAGAUCUGUUAAAUCUGACGUUACAUUUGAAAAAGGCCUAUCUGCUUUUUGUAAACAAGCACGUUUCUGACGUUGCU